CUUCCACGGACCACUGCUCUCAGAGAGUCAGAGGCGAGGCACCCCCGAAGCACUCCAUCCGCACCUCUCCCCACACCCCACGCCGCGCCUCAGCAGCCUGGUGACCGAUCAGUGUUGCGCAUGGCUCGAUGUGUCCGCUUGGCAUCGAAAGCAUGAGCGCGCAGCGUGUCUCCCGCCUGCCCAGCUCCGACGGUGCAAAGAGGAAAGAAUGGCCCUGCGCGUCGCUCGUGUCGGCCGCCUGAGGUCUUCCUCCAGAGGCACGACGCCAGAUGAGCAGAGCACCGACACCGCUGCACUCAUCCGAAAUCUCGUCUGGCAGCCGCGUGCUUCGAACCGCCUCGAGUUCUUGCGUCUGUCAGAAACUGCGGAGAAACUGCGGCAGGACCUCUCUUCUCAACCCUCAUCCAAGGAUACGUUCCGGCACGGCGCCGGCUUCGAGAGAGUGCUUGAAGUCCUUCGCCACGUCAAUCUUCGGCUGUCCUCGCCGCAAGACGCUGGCGAUGCACCGGCAGCGUGCCACCCAUUGCUCAAGAGUGUGCUGGCAUUGCUGUCGGAAGCGCUGUGUCAGCAUCACGGGAAUGAGCGAUAUUUCAGCAAUCAUCUUGACGGCUGGCAGUCGUUGCAAGAGUCUUUGAGCAAGAUUCAGGCAACGCUAUGCAGCACUGUCGAUGUGGGAGCGAGACCGCGUGAGCUUGCAAGACUUUACGAUCUUGCAUUGGCAUUUGCCCUGCGCCGAAAUGACUUCUCUGAGCUCUCAAGUGAGCCGCCAGCUGCUGUUGAUCAGGCGAAUGGCGCCACGGGCACUUCCGUUCCAUCAAGCGCAGCAUCUGCUCAAUAUCAAAUCAAGCAUCCAGAAGCUUUUUCCGCACCCAUCAAGUUAGCGCUGCAGGCGCUCGAAUCAGCUGGCGAGCACGAUGAGCGUCGAGCUGUCAGCGCACUAUUACAAGCUCUCCUCAACAUCACGUUGGAUGCCACCAGCCGUAAUACACGCAAUGCGUGGGCACUUUGGCACACCGGCAUCCUUUCAGACAUUCUGAAUAAUGCCUACUCUACCGCACUGCCAGACUCACUCCGAGCGUCACUUCAAGACACCCUCGUGUCAAUUGGGCGGCAUGGUCUAAACACACUCAAUGAUGUGGCAACACUUUUCCAAAGAGCACACGAGUCAGAACAUGCCCGGGCUAAUCUUCUGCGGAUGCUGCAGAGCUCGAAAGAGCCCGCGUUUAUACAAUUUGACUUAGAGCCUUGCGGCUUUUCUUCCAUCGAGCUCCCUAGCUUACGCUCGACCUUUCCUUCUCCCAUCGGAUAUGCGCUGACCGCAUGGAUUCGUAUUGAUGAGUUCGACGCGAAUUCACACACCACUCUUUUUGGCGCCUUCGAUCCAAGUCAUACAUGUUUCGUCCUUGUGUACCUGGAAAAGGACAGCCAUCAACUCAUUCUGCAGACCUCCGUCCGAAGUCCCAACCCAAGUGUACGCUUUAAAUCUACCUGUUUUGAGACAGGAGUGUGGUACCACAUUGCCAUUGUGCAGCGCAAGAGCUCAUCAGAUCCUACUCACAGCAUUUCCUCGCUUUUCGUUAAUGGAAAUUUCGCAGAGCAGAGGAAAUGCAAUUACCCUGAGAUGCCCGAUGAGUCGGCAUCUUCAGCUAGCUCUCAAAGGAGAGCCAGAGCGGUUCAGGCUUUCUUCGGUACAGGCGUCGGUGUCGCUGCCAAUCCUGUCCCACAUACGGUGCACACACGAUGGUCGUUGGCAAGUGCACACCUGUACUCAGUGCCGCUCACUGACGAGUUCGUGGCUGUACACUUUCGACUCGGACCACGCUAUUGCGGCAAUUUGCAGGAUUGCCUAGGACCACUCCUCACGUAUCGAGCUUCAUCUGAGCUGAACCGAUACAACGAAACCUUGCACCCAGAGAAGACUGAUAAAUCCGACAUUGUUCUGGCAACAGAAGGACGGGGUAGCGAUGUCGUACCAGAGCAUCGUCUGCUUCUCGGAAUAUCUCCUACCGCUGUUAUCGAGUUCGAUGCGGCAUCAAACAAGUCCCAAUCGUCAAAGUACGAGCUCGACAACCAUGCUUCGCAGAAGUGGAAUCGUCUGAGACAGAAGACCCGGCACGUCGCCCUGAAUACAGCUGUGCCAUCGAUCAACGAAGCCAUCAAGCACUCGUAUGGCACGGGUGUCAUGACUGGCGACCCCAUAGCUGUCAUUCCGCAGUCUUUGGAUGAUGCGACUUGGUGCCUGUCUGGUUCUUUGCCUAUGCUGAUGCAGCUUUUGCAGUCCGCUAACACCAAGCAUGCUUUCUUGCAAGCGUCCGAGAUCUUCUUUGAAUGUGUCAAGGACAAUUGGCGAAUCAGCGAGGCCAUGGAGAAAGGCCAAGGGUUUGGUAUACUGUCCACAAUCAUCCGAGAGAAACUGGGGUUCGAGCUUGGCCAGACGCAUGGCUCUGCUCGAAAGCCUUCCUCAAUGCUGAGUCUCGAAGAUCGCCAAACACUUCCUCAAGCCCUGCUUGAGCUAGUACUCGAUUUUGUGGGCUAUGUCAAGUCGAUGCCUGAACAUUCCAUGCUAGUCAACCCGAUGGCAUAUCGUGUGCUUCUCAUUGACUUCGACACUUGGCGGAGGUGUGACACACCGACUCAGAAACUAUACUACGCGCAAUUUGUGCAUUUCGUGUCCGGUAACCGCAACGCAGCAUUCAAUCUGAGGCGCCUUUCACGAAUGAGGGUGACGAAAAGACUCAUCGAAGCAUUGAAGUCUGAGGAUGUCAGCGAGGAAGCUGCUGGCAUGAUGAUCGAAUCUCUGAGAGCUCUAGUGGACAGCAACGCAUCAAGCCACUCGUACAAGGACCUCGCCAUGUAUGUGGCCUGGGGCCUACAUGAUGCCAGGGCAAUGCCGACUACGACAACACGCAGCUUUACUCCUUUUGCGAAUACUGUUGCGCUACGCCAAAAGGUCGGUUCAUGGCCUAGGAGCCAAGGCAACUCGAGACCGUCAACGCCUGGCGGAGGGGGACAAACACCUAUUCCGGGCCUUCCACGAUUCGAACUUGCACUUAUGGUACUGAAGCUGUUAGCUGAGACGGUCGAGGACGAUAGAUCUAUCGCGAUUCGACGUUUCGCUAAGGCUGUCUCGCCAAGAUGGCUUCUGCAUCUCCUUGCUGAAAGUGAUGCUCGCGUCGUGGAGCUCACGCUAGGCAUCAUCUCCAAGGCAAUAAAUUCGCUCGGGCCUGAAUUCAAGGCGCCAUUCAUGGACAAAAACGGUGGUUUCAUUACGCUCAAGCAUCGAUUGAAGCCAUUCUGGAAGUCUCCUGCAGUCUGGACAAUGACUUUCGCUAUUUUCUUCGGCCGCAACUUUCCUUCGAUUUGGCUUGAUCAAGAAUUCAGCGCAUUCCACUUGGUUGAGAUGCUUGGGGUGAACGAUUCGCUACGCAUACAGAAUCCUGAGACCCUACCCGCCAUCUUCUCGAUGCUGGAGGCAGGGCUACGCAAAGUCGCUGGUGACGAUCCUCCCGCUGAGGCAGAAACGAGAACUCUCAAAAACGUGAUACAAUUUCUCGGCGAGUUAUAUGACCGAAGUGUUGCAUUUCGAGAUUUCGCCGUCAACUCCCGAUACCUGCAGGAGCUGCUUUUCGUCCUGUAUCCACUUCUCGCUGGCACUGACCGGCUGUCUGCUGAGACUGAGCUGCAGACGGAAGCAUUGUCAUUCAACGGCGAAGUCGUCAAGAUGCGACCUCAUUCAAACUCCCUCGAUGAACGACCGCCAUCAAUUCGCAGUCUUGACCUGAACAGCGGCAAGUCGGGCAAUCGCACCCCAUCCCCUAUGACUGCGAAUCGAGUUGCGGCUCCCAAGCGUAUCUCGUCAUUCAUCCUCGUCAAUGAUCGCCUAAGUGCCACACCAGCUCAGUUCAAAGCACCAAUGGCCCCCGAAGCAAAGGAGCCAGUGAAGAUCAACAUUGCCAAUUCUCUGGUUGAGAGCCUGCUUGAGCUCUGCAUCUCAUUGUUUAUUGACCAAAUAUGCUACAAGGACAAGUUCAGUGGUAUCGGACUUUUUCUGAAAGUGCCUCCAGGCUUCAAGGAGCAUCAAGCAUACUUUGAGUCGUAUGUGCUGGUCAAUGCGUUGGCCCAGCUUGGUGCACACCUUCGCCUGAACCAGCAAUUCCUGGUGGAAACCAGAGUCUUGACUAACCUUGCUCGUUAUGCCCAACAUAUGGCCGAGGCCGUUUCAGAAGGCUGGUUCAUUGAUGGUGCGCAACCGCUUCUCGACUUCACCGGCGAAAUUUUAGAUCAUCUGCAGCAACCUGAGAUUGCCAAUUUGAAGGCAGUUCGGCUUUGUAGCCAGUCAACAAAUUCAAUUCGCGUGGUCUUCUUGAAAGCUACGCUUUGGCGGCUGGCCGAGUUGAAUGAAGAUGCCGCUGAGGCAGAUGUCGGCAACUUCCUCAAUAAGAUGACGUACUGGCAGACCAUCUUGUUCUCUCCAGAGAACCAGGAAACGCUAUUCAUCAAGCUCAUCUGUUACCUGCUCUACCACAAGCUAUGUUCUGGCGUGCAGUCCGUGAGGCUUGCUGCUGCUCGCCUCUGGCGCAUGGUCUUGGUUCAAAAGCCGACGGAGACAGCAACCAUACUCACAAAUACGAUGGGCCCUGAUCAACGCCAUCUCUCGACCGGCUUCAUGAAGUUGAUCGGAAUGGACGACGAUGACUUCUUAGCCUGGGUGGACGGGAACCGGGGUAUUCUGGACACUGUCUUUCAUACUUCGCUUAGCAAGCCGUGGGAAGACUUUGUGCAGAACGAAAACCGCAGCUCCGAUGAGACUGCCAAAACUCGUUUGAGCAAGCGGAAGGAGAAGCUUCGACAAUGGCAGACGGAGGAGUCCACAGCGGACGACUUCAUCCAUCGAUACGAGAUCUCCACAAAUCACUGGCGAUCCAACGUUCACGCACAAGAACGGGUGAAGCUGCAACGCGCACAGCAAGAUCAUCAAGAAGUCGUGAACAAUCUGUACAUCGCGCUUGCCAAGGUCGAUAAGCAGAUACGACAGCCUUGUGGCCUCGUUCCUGAUUUCGUGGCCAAAUGGCAAUUGGAUGAGACAGAAGCAGUCAACCGUAUGCGAAUGCGCUUGGUGCCGGACACCACCGAGUUGAAAGAGGCAAAUUACAUGCCCAAAAGAAAAGCUUCUCAAAGGACACAGAAAGAUACGAAGCUGGCAGUCAACACUUCUGUCCCUCGGGUUGUGUCUGAUGACAUGGGCGCAAUACCACCAACACCUGGCUCCCCGGCCCUCAUGACAUUGGACGGGACAGGCGAAGCUACAGAAGUCGGUCGGGGGAGAAGCGACUCUGUGUCCAAUUCACAACUUCUCGAGGGUGGAUUUGAAAUGGUUGACGACCCGCAGGUGGAUGAAGAUGGAGUGCUCGAAGACAAGAACCGCAAGGUCAUGACGAGUCUGCAACGUGGAGACAUGGUGCAGCAACUUUACAACAUCUCAAGAAUCAUCGGUCUCGAGGCAUGCGAGGGUCUUCUUGUUGUUGGGCAAAAAUGUCUGUACAUGCAGGACAACUUCUUCCAGCGAUCAGACGGCGAAAUCGUCAGUGUCUCGCAAGCGCCAGAAGAUGAGCGAGACCCGUAUGUGCAGCUUAUUUCUGGCAAAGACGUUGGCGCCACACGAACCAAGCAUAGUAUAGGUGACCAGGAGACACGACACUGGACUUGGUUGGAGGUUCUCAGCGUUUCGAAGCGACGGUUCCUAUUACGGGAUGUUGCUAUCGAGGUGUUCUUCACAGAUGGCCGCAGCUACCUCAUCACCUGCAUGUCGUCCAAGGUGCGAGACGAUUUGCAUAGUGCGAUUGUUGGCAGAGCGCCGCAAGUUCACAGCACCUCGAAUGUUGCAAGUGACGACGCAUGGCGUUUAGACACGCUUCGCAAUCCAGACGAGGUUCCAAAGAAUCUCGGCUCAAAGUUCGGCAGCCUCUUCAACCACGGACCUACCCACACGGCGACGAAGAAAUGGCAACGAGGUGAAAUGUCGAAUUUUCAAUACCUCAUGCUGGUCAAUACAAUGGCUGGCCGCACGUUCAAUGAUCUUACGCAGUACCCUGUCUUUCCGUGGGUGCUCGCAGAUUACACUAGCGAGGAGCUGAAUCUAGAAAAUCCGAAGACAUUCAGAGACUUCUCCAAGCCAAUGGGAUGUCAAACGUCUGCACGAGAAGCCGAGUUCAAGGAUCGCUUCAAGCAAUUCGCCGAGAUGGGAGACGACAACGCACCACCUUUUCAUUACGGCACCCACUACUCCUCGGCUAUGAUCGUCAGCUCGUAUCUCAUCCGACUACAACCUUUCGUGCAAUCAUACCUGCUUCUUCAGGGCGGGGCAUUCGAUCACGCAGACAGGCUUUUCGAUUCGAUCGAGAGAGCUUGGCUCUCUGCUUCCAAGGAGACCAUGAGUGAUGUCCGAGAACUUACGCCAGAGUUCUUCUAUCUGCCGGAGUUUCUCAGCAACAUCAACAAAUACGACUUUGGCACAAAGCAAGUAACAGGCGAGUUAGUGAGCGAUGUUAAGCUUCCAAAGUGGGCAAAAGGUGAUCCUCAAGUUUUCAUCCAAAAGCAUCGAGAAGCCUUAGAGAGUCCAUACGUUAGUCGGCGCCUUCCCGACUGGAUAGAUCUGAUUUUCGGAUAUAAACAACGAGGAGAGGCGGCAGUUGAAGCUACUAAUGUCUUCAAUCACCUGUCCUACGCGGGAGCGAAAGACCUGGACAAGAUUGAAAACAAAGUGGAGCACAUUGCGACCAUUGGCAUCAUUCACUCCUUUGGACAGACACCUCAUCAAGUCUUUCAGAAGCCUCACGCUUACCGUGAGCUUGAGAGACAGGCCGAACCAAAAUUAGACACGCUGGCCGAAUCGCUUGUCCGCUUGCCUGAUGCAGAGAUGACCAUUAGCGAGAAGGUUUACGACUUCACUGUUGCUCCAUGGCAAGGGAGACUUCUAGCUAGUGGACCAGGCACGUUGAACGUGCUUCCAGACUGCACUCGCAUUCUUCGAUGGGGCUUCUCGGAUCACAGCUUACGGUUCUUUUCUUCGCAUAGCAAGCGGGCCCUGGGGCUGUACGAAAACACACAUGUAGGACCAAUCACGGCUGCUACCUUCGCUGACAGCAAGACUCUCGUCACGGGUGGGCAGGACUGCACGAUCGGACUCUGGAAGGUGACGCCUAGCAGGGAUCUUGUCGAGAUCACCCCCAAAACGUAUCUGUUCGGACAUCGUACCGCGGUUGCUGUCCUUGCAGCAAGUCGUGUCUUCAGCACGCUCCUCUCUGCUUCGGCUGACGGGCAAGUCAUUCUGUGGGGGCUCAAUCGAUUCGAUUGCGUUCGGGUUCUCGUUCCCGCUGGUCGUCCGCCAGUACAAGCAGCGCGGCUCAGCAAUGUUUCUGGUCACAUUAUACUAUGCCGCGGAGCCAACAUCUUGCUGUACACCCUCAAUGGCCAUCUUCUGGUCGAGCAGAAGUUAUGCGAUCGCGAGGAGGAGGAGAUACUGUGCUGUGCGUUCUAUGAAGGUGCUGGCAGUGAAUACUUGGAACGAGAACUGAUUCUGACGGGUCACGCGCAUGGUGUAGCCAAUGUCUGGGCUCUCACAAACCUGAGCGACGGAAGUUGGUAUCUGCAACUUGUGAAGAGACUACACCACAACGAGCACAGGGACGGAAGUGGAAGGGCCUUGCCAGUUACCGCGGUACUGCCGGCAGCAAGGGAAGUAUAUACAGGUGACGAGGAAGGAAACGUAUUCAGAUGGGAGUGCGUUGUCAGACAUACUAGUUUAAGUGCGAGAGGUAUAUGA